UCAGCAUCGUAACUCUGUGACAGAGGUUCAAUCUUCAGUAUAGCCAGUGAACUUUUCUGACAAUCUCAUGGAUUCCUCUACCAGUCUUGGGAAUUCCUCUCAAUUUUUUAUGAAUUCCUCCGCCAACCUUUUGAAUUCCUCCGCCAACCUUAUGAAUUCUUCUUCUGGGUCUGGAAACAACAGUUCUGAACUUAACGAUGCAGGGACUAUGUCACUGCAUGGAAAGUUUGGGACGAUUUACUCAGUUGUCGGAACUCUGAUAGUCAUCGUUAAUGUCAUCGGCAUUGCAUUGUUCCACUCGUCAAAAACGAUCGUCAAGAACCUGCAAGUGUACAUCACCAGUUUAAUGGUUUGCGAUCUCCUCAUAGGUGUCAACUUACUUGUGGGUCCUUUUGUCUUCUGGAUUUUUAACUCUCAUAUAAUUGUAGACCAAUCCACUCUGUUCAUUCGUACCAUGUUACUAGUCUCGCUCCUUCACACAGCUGGGUUGUCAGUGGACCGUUUAAUAUCCAUUAAAUUGCCAAACUUUUACACCUUUCGUGUCACUUCUAGUGUUUGUAUGGUGGUCUGUUUUUGCAUCUGGAUACUUUUGGCCAUGUACCAUAUUCUGAUGACUGUUCUUACAAAAAACGUCCCGAUGUCUGGUAAAUUUGACAUGAACACAUAUGGACUUUUUCUCAUCUUCUACCUAAGCUGUUUGUUUGUGUACCUCAUAUCCAGCAAAAGCAUCAUAUCUUGUGCCAGGGAACAUCUAAAACGUACCAAAACCAACGCUCCAUCCCAAGAACAGAAAACAGCCAACACGUUCAGACUGUCUAUCGUCAUAACAACAGCUUCUGGAUUUCUGUAUAUCCUGUAUCUCCCGGCACAAAUUUUUGGGGCUUUAACUUUUCUUGAUCCAUUUGGAGAAAUGAGAGUCACCCGCUUCUUCAUGACGAUUGCAUACCCGUUGUUAACUCUAGAGAGUCUACUGAAUCCAUUGAUGUACUUGCUCAGAUUUCAAGAGACUCGGCACUUGAUCAAACGUGUCUUUUGUCCUUCUAUGUUUGUAUCUGUUGUCAGCAGUAAUACUUCUAAUACGGGUGUCUAGAAAGUCCAGAGUAUGAGAUACAAGAAGAAAGCAGUGCAUACUAGCAUAGAUUUGGAUGAUGAAUUUUUAAGAAUGUGAAAAAUUGAAAUAUUGUGAAAGCUCUCCGCUGUUGGGUAAUUAAAGGCGGUGGUACAAAGGCUGAAUGGAAGAAACAGUGAACACAAUUUUAAUAUGUACAAGAAUUGGACACUGGGUUAUUAUUCGCCUUACGCAUUGGGCAAUGUUCUACAUGCUCUCAUGUUGAACUUUAUAUAAAUAGUGCCUGUUUGGGAGGAUAACAGUUGAAAUUGACACCCCGAGGAAACCAUUGUCAUCCGACGCGAAGCGGAUGUGACAAUGUUAUUCGAGGGGUGUCACUUUCAACUGUUAUCCUCCCAAACAGGGACUUUUUAUCUUAUUAUACUGAAUGUCUUAAUUUUAUAGAAUUUUUCUGUUUUUCUAUAGAAAUGACGUGAAUUCUACGGCGAACCGUAUGUGCAUAAUUUACGCGCAUGUAGCAAUCCGUAGUGUUACCCGUUGCUUAGUGUGUUGCUAACGCUAAGGUUAAUAUAACAUACUAAAAACAUCGGCUAAACUAAUCAGAUUUCAGUAUUUAACAUGAAAGUAUAAUAAUCUUAAAUAUAUACGAUUAUUGAACUCGAUUAUAUAAAAUUAGUGCUGAACAGAAACACAUCAGAAUAUUGAACUCUUUUUAACAUUUAUUUUUUGUCUCUUCCAGGGAAAUGAAUUGUUACGUUUAAAUGUAUUUAUUUUAAUGAAUGUACAUAUCUGUAACUGAGACACAGUUAAAGUAUAAUAAAGGAAAAAAUCCAAGGAAAUUGCAAACGGGGUUAUACAUGUAUAAUGAAAAACUAGACUUUGACCCGUGCGUGCACGGUUGACAUUGCAUAUGAUAUCGGACAUUUACGAAAAAGAUAAAUCGAAACACCGUGUUUUUGAACUUUACAUAACCAAGCUUUAAGUCUAUAUUAAAGCUAUUAAUUUCACUACAAUCUGCUUAGUUAGAAUUAUCUAACUGUGUCUUGAGACAGGCCUUCUUCACAGUUAAAUGCCUCCCAUAUGCCCGUAAUGUAGCAAGAAAUUGCAGAAUCGCUCCGGAACGAUUUUGGAGAAAAUAAAUGAAUCUGCAUUAAAAAUAACAUUCAAAUUAUUCAUAGCAAACCAUUUUGAGACUAUAGAUGCUUUUCAUCUAAAAAUUAAAAUCAUACAGAAGAAAAAUUCAACACUUUUUCACCGUUUUUUCCUCGCAUCAAAUUUACACAGCAUGUCGACAUUCGGAACUCUGGGAUUUUUCGUAUUAAAUGCACUGAGUCAAUCGUAACUACUCGGCCAUUUCAGCUGGCGAAAAAUAACGUUAUUUUUCGCCAGCGGAAAUGGCCGAGUAGUAACGGUUGUGCACUGAGUUAGAGUUACCUCCCGUGUUAUUUUUGAUGAACAGAAUAAAUAGCAAAUUUUUAAUGAAAAUUUGCAAGUACUUGUAUUAUCGUUUCUCAGUUUUCCAUGCAAAUAUGAUAUUGUGAAAACAUAAACUAAU